UCUAUGUAUGAAUCGGCCGUCUGUGCUCCACUCGUCCCAGCACCUCCUUCUCAUCAACUACUUACUGUAUUUCUUCAUAUUAUUUAUUUUCUUUUUCUGGUGGUUAUUUUGCUCUUUAAUUUAGUUGUUUAUCGUUAUGCCAAAAAUAUGCAGCUCAAGUUCCUCGAAUUUCGCCGACUUCGCAACGGCGCAUCACCGCGCCGCUGA